GUCCAAUGUUUGGUUGGUUUCCAUUGCCAUAAUAAUAAUGAGGACCGAAAAAGCACCAAUAAACAUCAAUAAUCUAUAGUAGAAAAAGGCAAACCUUUUUUUUCUUUGCCUUAUAACCAUUAUCAUCAUCAUCAUCAUGUGAACAAGUUGAACACAAUCAAAAAUCACCGUCAACAUAUCGGCCAUUCAUCUUUUUUCUUUUUCUUUUUUUUUGUUGAGAAAAAUUUGCAAUAUUCGUAUUCUAUUCAAUCAUGCCUUUCGCCAAAUGGAAUCUCGAACCAGUAUAUGUCUCACGGACAUUACCAUGGGCAUCGGCUAUGGCUGCUGCUGCAGCAGCAGCAGCAGCUACAAAAUCAACAUUGAACAACGGUCAACAUUCUUAUCCGAUCAAACGGAAUGCAACGAAAACAACAACAACAACACCACCGAUUUUGCCUGCAAUACCGAAUCUUCGAAAAUCAAAGAAGAAAAAAAUAACAAAAACAAAAAUUGCUAUGACAAAAGUUAAUAAUAAUAAUAAUAGUGAGAAUUGUUUUAGUGAUGAUGAUCAUACCAAAAAUCAUUGA